GGAUCACUUUAGCACGCGCACACGCCCUGAGGUUGAAGACGGAUCCGCGUUCACGUACGGAAUCCGUUUACAUACACACUCACUCUCGCUAGAGAGAGGGGCCCGCGCACGACUCCUCUUCCACUGUCAGCGAAGCGAACCCUCCAAAGAAACCGCGUUCAUCCCGCUGCUAGUAAGUCUGCAUUCCGUCUGCGAGACACACCGGGACCCCCUCCCCGCCGUAGCUACCGAAAACAGGCCGUCGCCGUAGAGCAGCAUGGCGGAUUCCAGCAGCAGUGCGGCUGCGGCCGGAGCCGCAGGCUCGAAUAACAGCGCCACCGGGGCCGGUGGAGCGGUCGCGCCCGGGGAAGCGACGGGAGCCGCUGGAUCCAAGCCUGGCCUGGAGUCGGUGAAAGGACAGAAUUUCGAUGUUGGCCCCCGCUACACCGACCUCCUGUACAUCGGGGAAGGGGCCUACGGGAUGGUCUGCUCGGCGUUUGAUAACGUGAAUAAGAUCCGGGUGGCCAUUAAGAAGAUCAGCCCGUUCGAGCACCAGACCUACUGUCAACGCACCCUACGCGAGAUCAAGAUUCUCCUCCGCUUCCGCCACGAGAACAUCAUCGGCAUCAACGACAUCCUACGCGCCCGCCGCAUCGACUACAUGAGAGAUGUCUACAUCGUGCAGGACCUGAUGGAAACUGACCUGUACAAACUCCUGAAGACGCAGCAGCUGAGCAACGACCACAUCUGCUACUUCCUGUACCAGAUCCUGCGCGGCCUGAAGUACAUCCACUCGGCCAACGUCCUACACCGCGACCUCAAGCCCUCCAACCUGCUCAUCAACACCACCUGCGACCUCAAGAUCUGUGACUUCGGCCUGGCAAGGAUAGCCGAUCCAGAGCAUGACCACACUGGCUUCCUGACGGAGUAUGUGGCCACACGCUGGUACCGCGCUCCAGAAAUCAUGCUCAACUCCAAGGGCUACACCAAGUCCAUUGAUAUUUGGUCAGUGGGAUGCAUUCUGGCUGAGAUGUUGUCCAACCGACCCAUCUUCCCUGGCAAACACUAUCUGGACCAACUCAAUCACAUUCUGGGCAUCCUGGGUUCCCCCUCUCAGGAGGACCUGAACUGCAUCAUCAACAUGAAGGCCAGAAACUACCUGCAGUCUCUGCCCCAGAAACCCAAGAUCCCCUGGAACAAGCUGUUCCCCAAGGCUGACAACAAGGCUCUGGACUUGCUGGACCGUAUGUUGACCUUCAAUCCCAUCAAGCGCAUCACAGUGGAAGAUGCGUUGGCCCACCCCUACCUGGAGCAGUACUAUGACCCCACUGAUGAGCCGGUGGCUGAGGAGCCCUUCACCUUUAACAUGGAGCUGGAUGAUCUGCCCAAGGAGAAGCUGAAGGAGCUCAUCUUUGAGGAGACGGCCCGCUUCCAGGCCAACUACCAGGGUUCCUGAAUCCUGAGUGAGGGGCUUCAAGGCUGACAUUUCCAACCAAGCUACAGCAACCAGAACCAAGAACCAAGACGCAACUA